CAAAGCUUACCGUGUCGCGACGGGAUCGAGUCGCGUGUGUGUGAUAUGCAGUGAUUGUGCUGAUCAACAUGAGGCUAUCACUGCACAUAGCGGUGGUACUGCUGUCGGUGUACCACACCUGCGCGGAGCGGCAGCCGCGCGCGAUACCAAACCCUAGUCAGAAUUAUGCGGUGCUUGGCGAGCCUAUAGCCGCUAACCUAGAUGAGGAUGGUUACUUCUAUCCGAAGCCGAAGAUACCAUUCCCUCCACCGCCGUCGACGGUGCCACCACCUCCUCCACCUACCAGGCCACCACCACCACCACCUACUCGGCCACCACCACCACCACCCACUCGGCCACCACCUCCGCCGCCUACUCGACCACCAAUAACUGAAACAACAGGAUACGUAUAUGAACGUCCGUCCGUACCGUUCCCGCUACCACCACAACCGCAGCCACCACGGUUUCCACCAUAUCAGCCCCCUAGAAUCCCACCACCGCAACCUCCAAGGUUACCACCACCACCACCACCUCAGCCGCCGCGGUUACCACCUCCACCUCCACCACAACCUCCAAGGAUUCCGCCACCACCUCCACAACCUCCACGGCUACCACCCCCGCCACCGCCGCAGCCUCCAAGGAUACCGCCACCACCACGCUUCCCUCCACAACCUCCACGAUUCCCGCAAGCAACAACUGGAUAUGAUUACCCUACUCCCAAAAUACCAUUUACCGUACCAACGAGACCACCACCACCACCAACCACACUACGUCCAGUGACUUACUUACCACCUACAACAAGACAGCCUCCCACUCGGCCACCACCACCACCCACCACGCCUAGGCCAGUAACUUACUUACCACCUACAACGAGACAGCCUCCCACUCGGCCGCCACCACCUCCUACGACACCUCGUCCAGUGACUUACCUACCACCCACAACAAGACAGCCUCCCACUCGGCCGCCACCACCACCUACCACACCACGUCCAGUAACAUACCUACCACCAUCAACAACAACCCAGAAACCUACAACCGGCUACGAUUAUCCAAAACCUACUAUUCCAUUUACUUUCCCCACUCGACAGACGCCACCACCCACUAGGCCACCGCCACCACCAACUCCACCCCCUACUAGGCCACCACCACCACCCACUCGACCACCUUCAACCUAUCUACCUCCAACAAGACCACCCCCACCACCGACACCACCCCCUACUAGGCCACCACCACCCCCAACCCCGCCUCCCUACAGACCUCCGUCAACUUACUUACCACCAACAAGACCACCGCCACCACCAACACCUCCGCCAACGCGGCCACCACCACCACCAACUAGACCUCCUUCCACUUAUCUACCACCACAAACCAGACCACCCCCACCGACUCCUCCUCCUACCAGGCCGCCACCCCCACCGACUCCUCCUCCUACCAGGCCGCCACCACCACCAACUCCUCCUCCUACCAGACCGCCACCACCACCGACGCAGCCUACCUAUCGACCACCCACAAGACCACCUACUUACUCCACUAUUAUUGAAAAUUUCAAAACCACAGGUUACGAUUAUCCAACACCAAAAGUAACAUUUACUUUACCUACACAACCGCCAACCAGACCAACACCUCCUCCCACCAGGCCGACACCACCUCCUACCAGACCAACACCUCCUGCUACGAGACCGACACCUCCUCCCACCAGGCCGACACCUCCUCCUACCAGACCAACACCUCCUCCUACCAGACCAACGCCUCCUCCUACCAGACCGCCACCACCACCAACUCAGCAAACAACCGGCUAUAGCUACCCGAAACCGUCCACACCGUUCCCGACUCCAACUCGCCCGCCGUACAUUCCUCCCUCUACUCAAGUUUAUAUAACUCCCCCUACAACUAGACGUCCCAUAUACACGACCACUCAAGCACCUUUCACUACUAGACCACCAUUUGUACCAGACGAAGGAUAUUUCUACGACAAACCACGCGUUCCAUUCGUAUUCUAAGCCUAAAUAAGUUGCCAUAUUAUUGUGAUACCAAAAUGUAAGAAAAUCGCAAAAUUUAAAUUAAGCUAAGGCUGAAAAAAAUAUGUAUUUGUCGUACUAAAAUCCAAUACGUACCUGCUAAAGAUAAAUUAGGUAUAAUCGAAUGUACAAUAACAUUAUUUUAUCACAUUUUGAAAGUACACGUUUUUUAAUUCUAGUUCAAAUAGAAUUUUUAAAACCGUCUCUGUAUGGUCAAUAAUUGUUAUGUAUAUAUCUAAGUAAAUAAUAAUUAUAAAAUUAAUACUCAAAACGAAAUUAUAACGACACUGCCAACUAAUCCUAUGUUAAGAUAAGAAAAUAUUUUUAAUAAAAAAAAUGAAUUUA